AUGUCUGCAAAUAUGUUUUUGAUUACUCGGACACAAGGCACUAUCUUGUGUUGCAAAUGUCGUAUUUUGAUGGCGCCGAAUCCCGCAAACAUGUGCGUGACAUGUUUGAGGUCUGAAGUUGACAUUACCGAAGGUUUACGAAAGAAUGUCACUAUCGUGCAUUGCCCAGAGUGUGAUAGCUACUUGAAGCCACCUAGAACUUGGUUAAAAGCUCAGCUGGAAUCGAAGGAGCUUUUGACAUAUUGUGUGAAACGACUUGAGACUGAUUUGAAAAAGGUCAGGCUAGUGAAUGCUGAAUUCAUUUGGACUGAGCCUCAUUCUAAGAGAGUCAAGGUCAAGCUGAAAGUUCAGAAAGAGGUUCUUAAUGGAGUGAUUCUAGAGCAAUCUUAUGUCGUCGAGUAUGUUCAGCAAGAUCAGAUGUGCGAAUCUUGUACUCGAUUUCAAGCCAACCCGGACCAGUGGGUGGCCUCUGUGCAGCUGCGACAGCGUGUUUUGCACCGUCGCACUUUCUUUUAUCUGGAGCAGGUCCUUUUGAAGCACGAUGCUGCUGCUCAUGCCAUCAAAAUCAAGCAGAGGGAUCAGGGUAUCGAUUUUUUCUUUGGAAACAAGAGUCAUGCCUUGAAAUUUGUUGGAUUUUUGGGUGAAGUAUCUCCAACAGAUAAAAGUAAACGUUCCGAGCGGCUUGUUUCACAUGAUACUAAGAAUAAUACUUAUAACUAUAAGUACACAUUCUCGGUUGAAAUAUCUCCGAUUUGUCGUGAGGAUUUAAUCUGUUUGCCUCCGAGAGUUGCUGUUAGUUUGGGGAAUCUCGGCCCACUCGUGAUCUGCACGAAAGUGACGAACAACAUUACUCUGCUCGAUCCAUUUACUCUGAGGCAAUGUUUCUUGGACAAGGACCAGUAUUGGAGGUAUCCCUUUAAGUCUCUACUUAGUAGUAGGCAGCUAGUUGAAUACGAUGUUUUCAAUGUCGAAAUUGUUUCUCCAGAAUAUAAUGUCGACAGCUUCAAAUAUGUUAUAGCUGAUGUCGAGGUGGCACGUGUAACUGAUUACGGGAAGCUCUUCUACGUAAGAACUCAUUUGGGUCAUAUAUUAAAGCCCGGAGAUCGUGCUCUCGGUUAUGACCUUUAUGGAGUCAAUUUGAAUGACGAUGAUGUAGACAAAUAUAGAGAUUUCAUACUUCCUGAAGUAAUAUUGAUGAAGAAGAGUUAUGAAGAGAAACCCCAUAGGAAGCGCGGGAAGCCUCGUCCUUGGAAGCUUAAGUCCCUUAAUAUCGAACUCGAUGAAUCCAGAGGCAGAUCCAACGUGGAGAAGAUGAACGUAGAGUAUGAAGAGUUUUUGAGAGAUCUAGAAGAGAACCCUGAACUGAGGUUUAACUUAUCGUUGUAUCACAAUGAAGAUUAUCAACCAUCGGAAAUGGCAUCCGAUGGUGAAGGUGUGCCUUUUGUUCCGUUGGAAGAAUUAUUUGCCGAUCUCGAGUUGACCGAAGAAGAAUACGAGGAAGAUGGCAUGGAAGAAUGA